GUGAAUUUUCAGUUUGUCAUUUGAGAAUUGAGUAGAAUUUCAAUCGGUGAUCCAUUGCUGAUUCCAUCGAAAACGGUUUCUGCCUUGAGUCCCAGUGUGAAGUGAAAUAAAGUGUGUGACAAAUAAUUAAAUUCUGUGCGAGCUUAAGUGUUUGUAUUUUUUUGUGUGAUAAUGGCAACAGUCUUAACACCAUCACCUGCCUGAAUUUACAACUCAAGUGCAGAUAACCUAAGGCCCUAGUAUCAAGCAUCAACCAACCACAAUGAAAAUGGUGUUGUCACAACGACAACGAGAGGAGCUAAACAAAGCUAUCGCCGACUAUUUAGGCAGCAAUGGAUACACGGACGCGCUGGAAGCGUUCAAGAAGGAAGCGGAUAUGACGGGCGAAAUGGAUCGCAAAUUUGGUGGUCUCCUCGAGAAGAAAUGGACGUCUGUUAUCAGGCUACAGAAAAAGGUGAUGGAACUAGAAUCAAAGCUCUCCGAGGCGCAAAAGGAGUUUAUAGAGGGUGCACCUACGCGUGCUAAGCGCACGCCCACUGAGUGGAUACCUCGUCCGCCAGAGAAGUUCAGCCUCACCGGCCACCGUGCUACUAUUACUAAGGUAAUAUUUCACCCAGUGUUCAGUUUAUUAGUGUCAUCGAGCGAGGACGCCACCAUCAAGGUGUGGGAUUUCGAAAAUGGCGACUUCGAACGAACCCUCAAGGGUCACACUGACUCUGUUCAAGAUAUCGCUUUCGACCAUUCUGGAAAGUUGUUAGUAUCAUGCAGUGCUGACAUGUCGAUUAAGCUGUGGGACUUCAAUCAGACAUUUGAAUGUGUGAAGACAAUGCACGGUCACGACCACAAUGUAUCAUCUGUGUCCUUUUCGCCCAGUGGGGAUAUUGUCUACUCGGCCAGCCGAGAUAAGACCAUCAAGGCAUGGGAGGUUGCUACAGGGUACUGUGUUAAGACGUACAAGGGUCACCGUGAGUGGGUUCGUAUGGUGCGUGUGUCAGCUGAUGGAGGCCUUCUCGCAUCUUGCUCCAACGAUCAGACUGUACGCAUCUGGAACGCUGAUACUAAUGAGUGCAAGAUGGAGCUACGCGAGCACGAGCACGUGGUAGAGUGCGUCUCAUGGGCACCUGAGAGCGCCGCAGCCGCCGUCAACGAAGCGGCCGGGGGUGACAACCGUCGCGCUAACCACGUCGGACCCUUCCUCGCUAGUGGUUCCAGGGAUAAGUCUGUUAAGAUAUGGGACGUUAGCACCGGCGUAUGCCUGGCGACUCUUGUGGGGCACGACAACUGGGUGCGAGGUGCUGUGUGGCAUCCUGGAGGCCGCUACCUCCUGACAGCGUCUGAUGAUAAGACCCUUCGCGUAUGGGACGUGGCUCACACACGCUGCCUCAAGACUUUGUACGCGCACCAACACUUUGCCACCAGCCUCGAUUUCCACAAAAACUUGCCAUACGUCAUAUCGGGCAGCGUUGAUCAGACGGUCAAAGUUUGGGAGUGUCGUUAAUAGCUUUGCCAUUAUAGUAACUUAAACUCACCGAUGAUAUCAUUAAUUUCACAUUUACGAAAUCUGCAAUCAAUAUCGAUAAACGUGAAUAAAAAUUUGAUAUUCAUUCCUCCAUAAUGGUGAUACGUCUAUAAAUUACCGAUAACAACACAUUCCAUUCGAGUCGGCUGUUUUUACGAUUAUUUAACUCGCGAUUUUAAAUGAAAUACAGUUUUUUUAAGAUUUAACAUUUUCUCAAAUAAUCUAAUGUUUUUGCUAGCGCCAUUGCUU